AUGGUCGAUCUAGAAGAGAACGUAUCCGACACUGGCCAAAUCCUUUAUGAUUGGAACCCACCCACUGGUGUAUUACAAAACUACUAUUACAAUGGAUCACGCAUUACGAGUUCCGAGAUGCGGACCAUGUUCUCCAAGCACAGACUACGAGAAUACAAAGGACACAAGGAAAAGGUUCAUACGGUGGCAUGGAAUAGCGAUGGACGAAAGCUAGCUUCGGGAUCAGUGGAUAAGACGGCGCGUGUAUGGACACCACACCGAGGGACUGAUAUUCGAUACUCAGUGGAGCUCAAAGGACACACCGAUAGCGUUGAUCAACUUGAUUGGGAUCCAACACAUCCAGAUCGAUUAGCAACAGCAUCAUGUGACAAGACAGCAAGAAUAUGGGAUCAGCGAUCUGGUAAAUGCACAUCCGUUAUACAGACUGGAGGCGAGAACAUCAACAUUUGCUGGAGCCCGGAUGGCAACAACAUCGCUGUAGGCGACAAGAAUGAUACGAUCAGCUUCAUCGACACACGUACUUGCACAAUUAUCAUGACACAAAAGCAUACAGUUGAAGUCAAUGAGAUUGCAUGGAACAAUGCCAACGACAUGUUUUUCGUUACAACGGGACAAGGCACUAUACGCGCUUACGAAUAUCCAUCUUUACAACUUGUUCAUUCACUUCGUGGACACACUGCCAAUUGUUAUUGCGUUGAAGCAGAUCCUACGAGUCGCUACCUUGCUGCUGGAUCAGCUGAUGCAUUGGUAUCCUUGUGGGACAUGAAGACAUUCAAUUGCGUACGCUCAUUCUCAGAACUUUCAUGGCCUGUGAGGACAUUGAGUUUCAGUUACGAUGGUCAAUUCAUUGCAUCAGCUUCCGAAGAUAGCUUCAUUGAUAUUUCGCAUGUUGAUAGCGGAGAAUCGGUUCAUCAUGUCGAAUGUACAGCUGCCAUGAACACAGUUGCCUGGCAUCCACGUGAUUACUAUCUUGCAUUUGCUGGUGACGAGAUGUCCUCGGAUGGUAAAUACGCCGGCAAUCUCAGAAUCUUUAGCGUCAAGGAUCCACGGGAAUACUCCUAG